GGAAAGCUCUUCUAACAGUGUGAUUGAUCAUAAAAUGGGAGGGUCUGUGAGCAAACCUGAUGAAACCUCAAACCCAGAAUUUGAUAAGCCAUGGAGGACAAUGGCUUGGGGGAAUAAAGAGGCUUUAGAAGAGAAACUGAGGAACUUUAAGCUCGGCAGUACUGAUGUUAAGUUUGUCAGGAUUCUGAUCGUUGGUGAAGUCGGAGCAGGAAAGUCCAGCUUUAUAAAUUCAGUCAAUAAUGUUUUCCAAGGGCGAAUCACCUCUGGGGCACUUGCUGGAACAUGUGGAACCAGUUUCACAAAAGUAUAUAAAACCCAUCAUAUCAAAGGGCAGGAUGGCUCCCGUUUGCCUUUUGUCUUCAUUGAUAUCAUGGGACUUCAAUGUGAAGGUACCGCAGGCAUAUGUGUAGAUGAUAUUAUCUCAGCCAUAAAGGGACAAAUUGAGGAAGGAUACAACUUUAAUCCUCUUCGUACUGCUUCUGAGAAAGACUCCAAAAACAAUGCCAGUGUUUCUGAUCCAACCAUCUGCCUGGUCAACGUUCUAGAUGCAAACAAAGUGUCACUCAUGGACAAAAAGGUUAUUGAUAAUAUGAUACGGAUUCGUGAGGAGGCUUCAAAGUUUAAUUUGCCUCAAGUAGUCAUCAUGACAAAAGUUGAUGAACUUUGCCCACUGGUUCAAGAGGACAUAAGAAAGGUCUACACCAGCAAGAAGAUUAAAAAAAAGAUGCAGGAGUGCAGUAAUGUACUGGGGAUUCCAAUGAACCACAUCUUCCCUGUGAAGAAUUACCACGAGGAGAUUGACACAGUUGAUGACAUGGAUGUUCUGAUCCUCAAGGCACUUGAUCAGAUUUUUAAUCUUGCCAAUGAUCAGCUGGAAAACCAAACCUUUUGAAAAAAACUGGAGUAAUGACUUUUUUCACUUUUACACUCAUGAGCAGAGUCAACAUAGUGAAAAAAAUGAAUCAGCAAAAAACUGUACAACACGUCAAAGAUCACAGCAUCAAAGGAUGAAGGG